UACGACACGUUUUGCGCGCUUCACUGCAACCGGCUCGCAUUCACAGCUAUCGCGCAGUUCGCACGCUUUCGUGUAUAGUCGUAAGUUAAGUACUUAGCCGUGCUCUUGAGAUUACUUAGACUGAGUGCUUGCAUACCGAAAUAUGAAUAUAGUUCUAGUCCUAAAUGUAUUAGACGCGUGUAAGUGACGAUUAAAUAUUCGACCGGUUGAGCGAUUUGUGACAAAAGGAAAUGUAUUUGCGAAAAAAAAUUAAAUGUGUACAAUUGAGAAAGUGAAAAACUAAGUUCUCCAUGACCUCCACAUUGAAACAGAGCCCAUAUAGUGGCGCUCUUUGUAUCAAAAUGCUAAAGCGUGACUUUCCUGUGCUUAUUUUAUCUCUGCUCAUCCUGACUGGCUUCUUCAUCUGCAUGAAAAUUGCCUUUAGCGCCAGUAUUGCCAUACAGGAGGACAUCAUAUCAAAAGCCAUGGGCAGUGUGCAGACGUUGAAUAGUUCUGAUGCUGAAGUCUUUUUCGGCGAUGAGCUUUUCGAGAAAGAAUUACAACACCCUAAAUUAGACGAACCGAAAGACAGUCGUGAACUUAAAGUGUUGACCGAAGCACCUACAUUGGGGGAACGCUUGAAGAAAUUGUUAAAGUGUACAGAUCGGCCUUUGCAAUUGGAGAAGAUACAAUACGGGAAAUAUUGGUUGGUGCGUAAUUACAUACGCGGCCAGAUCAGCAAGACGAUGGGUUGUGCCGACACCAUUACAUUGACCACAAAUGGCGAUUUUACCUUCUUUGAUAGUUUGCCUUUCUUGGUGGAACGUUGGCUGGCCCCUGUCAGUUUUGCUCUCUUCGCGCCCGGUUACGACUUCAACGUCACCAUGAGUUGCAUUCAAUAUGUACGUAAUUGCCUACCGGAAAGCCAAUAUAUUCGAGAUUAUGUUACUUUUCACAUCUACUUUCCCGCUGAUCACAUGCCUAAGCACAUACCGUUGAAUGAAAAGAAAGCACUGCUAUGGCCUUACAACUGCGAUGACGCGCCACCUUAUGAAGACGUCAAUUCUACCGCAAUGUAUAGGACGGUACACAAUAUGACUUAUCCUAUAAAUGUUGGACGUAAUAUAGCACGCAAAGCAGCCAAUACCCAUUUCAUAUUCGCCUCAGAUAUUGAAUUGAGCCCAACGCCUAAUUUACCGCUGCUCUUUCUCGAAAUGGUUGAAAGCAACCGAAGCGUAUAUUUGGAUGCCAAGGGGAAGCGCGUCUAUGUACUACCGGUUUUUGAAGUGACCAAAGAUAGUUCAGUUCCCGAAGAUAAAACAAAUUUGGUAGAAAUGUUGCACAAUAAAACAGCGAUACCCUUCCAUUCGAAAAUAUGUACAAAUUGCCAUUUGGUGCCAAUGCAUAAACAAUGGGAGAAUUCUACAGACGCACAAGAGCUAACAGUUUUUUCGCAAGCAAAGCGUGAAGGAAAAUUUGUUUUUUGGGAGCCAUUCUAUAUAAGCGAUAAUCAGGAGCCCAUGUUCGAUGAGCGUGUCACAUGGGAGGGCCAAUCGAAUAAGCGCAUACAGGGCUAUGCCAUGUGUCUGCUAGAAUAUGAUUACUUAGUGCUGCAUCCAGCGUUUUUAGUUCACACGCCGGGCAUAAAAUAUUUCGAUGCCAAGGCCACUCGGCUCCAAUAUGUGCCGGCCAUGAAUAAACUUAUUAAGAAAGUAAUAGAGCCAGAAUAUCGAAUUUUAUAUGGAAUGAAUAGAAUGUGUCGAACGUGAUAUUUAUUACAACAAAUG